GUGAAACCGCUCUCUCGGCGAAGGGAGCCCCCGAAGCCACUCACUGGAGGGUAGGGUGACAGUCAGAGAGGCAGGAGAAGCCAAAAAAUGCUUCAAACAGCGGUUUCUUUGUGCGUUGUGUUGCUGCAGAAUCUCUCGUUCGUCACGCCUCAUGACAGCCACGACGUUCGUGAUGGGCCACGCUUGCUCUGUGUGUCUGCAGAGUCACUCAUUCACCGCGGCUCACUUCCCCCGCCUCUCUGCUGUGACAGUGUCUGUCUGAGGUCAGCAGCGCAUCCCGCCCUCCCAUGGCUCUCCUCUGACUGACUGAUUGCCAUUCACUCGUUUGUGUGUCCUUCCUCUUUGAUUCAUUCAGAUCUCUCACUCGACGAUGGCGUCGUCGUCGCAUCAGAUGCCAACAACCACUCCCCAGCCUCCCGCCGCGCCUCCGGCAGUCCCGCCACUGCGCAGCAUCGCCAUCAGCAAGGCGGCAGACAUGGCCAUGUCACCCCACCCCGACAGACGCGCCAAACUCCGUCAGUGCAUUGACAGAUUGCCGCAGGCUGAGGACAGCACCAUGCUCACACUCGUCGAGCAGCGCAUAGAGGAGGCCAUCGGCCGUCUGGGGCUCGGGGACGUCCUGGUCUUCGACGUCGGUGGUCUGGAGGACAGCUUGAAGGUGGUGCAUGUGCUGGAGCGGGGCAGUGGCGACGAGUGGCAGGCGAUGGGGCGGUUCAUUCGGCUGGCCGCCGUCUAUCGGCUCACUCCCCGUGCCACUCUGCCCCUGCGGCUGUCGGCGGACAGACUGCCCUCCCCAACAGCCUUCCAGCAGCUGCCAUUGGCAUUGGCCAUCUACAAGACCUUCUCUCUCCGCCAUCGCCAUAUGCUCACCCACAAGGGACAGAGGCUGGCGCUGCAGCAAGCCGACAACCACGGUGCCUAUCGGAUCGGCGAUGAGUCGUUCCGUGUGGUGCCGAAAAGUGAGCUGCCGGCCGGCCAUCGCUAUCGCAGCGGGUACAAGACGGCGGAUCCCGUCAUCCGCCAACAGGUCUCUCUCCGUAUCCUUCUCGUCAUUCCUUCUUGACAGGCUGCUCUGGUGCUGGUGCUAUGAGGAGGGGGUGGACCAAAGGAUGGUGCUGUAUACAACCAUCGCCAACUUUGACCCCCGCUAUCGCCGUCUGCUGACUGAGCCCAUCAGCCAGCAGCAGGGCAUCAGUGUGGACUACCGGCAGGAAAACGGUCGCCACGGCCAACGUCAUGUGGUUGUAAGCGGCUUUCGGCCAGGUGAGACCAUCGCUGCCUAUCUGUGGGUGGGAAAUGGCCGCGUCGAACUGUGGACGACCGAGGCAUCAUCUGCUACACAUCGGUCUCAUCCGCUGUUUGACCGCUUCCCCACAUCGAUGCCCCGCUGGGAUGCCGUGCUGAGGCACUUCGAGCUGGCGGAGUACGUCAUCAACAGAGGGACGGUGAUAGAGUGAGGGGGUGGAGGGAGGGGGCAGAUAUGUGUGUGUGGUGAGGGGGUAUGACUGUGAUGGUUGGGUGAAGUUCAUGAUCGCAUUCAUAGACUGAAAUGGCUAGACAGUCAUCCCAUUCAUUCAUGGAACAUAUGCACGGGGACUGUCUGGGUGCGUAUGUGUGAGUGGAGGCGGAUGAGUGAGAAAGAGUCUCAGAUGUAUUUUUCGUGUGCGUGACUGUCUGGUUGUUCGUGCAUUCAAUGAGUCUGUCCGUGUGAUAGCAGCUGCUAGCGGACUCGACUGAUGCCGUUCACACACACACAUCUCUCAAUACAUUC